AAUCAGGCGGGGAACUCGAAUCCGUUACUUCACUUACCAUAAUUUAAUGAAAAUGAACGAAUUUCAACGAAAGAGCGGAGCUCAGAAAUUGAGGUCAGAGUACCACAUGAAGUCCAGACGUCUAGCAGAACUAAAAGGAGAUGUUUCCAUCAUAAAAAUGGAAAUGUACAAAAGUAAAGAUCAAGAAUGCCUGAGUGACAGUGGGAUCAGGUCUCCCUCCCUGGAGAAAGCUGUAGGAUGGAGGAAGAGACUGCACCAGGUGACAACACACCUACAGAAUGUACACUUAGAUGACAGUCAAGAACACAGUUACCUGAAGCAGCUACAGAGACAUGUACAGUUGUCCCUAGUCAAUGCUUCCCCUCACCACACAGAGCUCUACGACUUGGUGUCCUUCGUCGCUGAUCUGAAUUUAAUGCAUGAAAAUCUGUGUGCAGUAAAAGAGGAAAUAGAGAAUGAAAUUAACACAGCAUUAAGGGCGCUGGCUAAAGCUUAUAUGCAUUUGACAGCAGAGUGUGGUAUGUCGGAAGACGGAGAUUCUACAGACUACAUGACACAUUUUGUAAAACAGCAUGUCAGUCCAAGUCGAAGAAAAGUGCCUUUCCAAGAUCUAACAAAUAUGAGUUUCUCACAUCACAGUGUAUCUCACGAUCAGCCAUCCACAAGAUCUAUUCUGUCAAGUGACGGUGUGAGUUCUGACGUCUCCACCAUUCCCUGGCUGUCUCAAAUUGAAGCGCACACCAGUGGGUCAACAAUUCAAUGCUGUAAAAAUAUUCACGAUAGUGCUACAAGAGAGGUUGACUGUGAAGGGGAUGUUGUCAAAGGUAUGCGCGAGAUGUAUAAAGAGAAAGUGUUACUGUCAAACGCAAACUAUAUUCAUGUCGUUCAAAACCACAACAGCGAAGACGAAGAGAAUACUGCAGGUGUGGGAAGAAUCAACAAAAAUGAAGCCAUUCGAAGCUUUGGUUCAAGUUCCCAAAUAGAUAGUACACCAGAUGUUAGUACCGGAGCCACAAUUUGCCCAGGGUUUGAUAAUAAUAACCUGGUAAAAGCAGGUCAGGGGUUUAGUAUUGGAGUUGAAUGUCGUUACCAUGGCAGCUCUUGUGGUAAAAUAAAGAUAUCGCAUUUCAGCACCCCAAGCACGACUGCAUGUAACAAAGUAAGGAAUCUGGCACACAUUGACCUACAGAAUCCUGCAUGCUACUCUCAGAAAGGUUUAUGUUGUAACAACAAAGGGAGGCCUGUGUGUGAUACUAACAGGAAUCCAUUUUUUAACAGCCCAGAUAAGCCAAUGGUAGAUAACUGCCCAGGUAUCCAUGCUUUGGCGUCAAUGGAGUCUGCUGCUAUGACUUUAGAGGUAGAGCCUGUUAUGAACAUCCCCUAUAUCGAUGAUGAUUUUUUCUAAAUUUAACUUUAUAGAGGAUUUAUUUCCAAAAAACAAGAUACCGUGUAAUGCUUAGAUUUCAUUGUGUUAUUUUUUUAUGUAAAAUGUGUGAAUGCCAAACAUCUAUCAAUGCAGAAGGAGUUUGUUCAUGGUAUAUUUAUUAGUCAGUAGAAUUAUGUUACUGUUCAUAUGUGCUAGUCCCAGUCGUUUAUUAGCUAACCUGGUCCGAAGGACUUUGGUGAGCUUAUGACAUACCGAAGCGUCAGUCGUCCGUCCGUCCGUCUGUCCAUCAACAUUUCCUCUAAAACGUUACUAGUCCUGAACGGCCAAGUAGAUUUUGACUAAAUUUGGUCUGGAGCAUCCUUGGGCAAGGGGACUAGCUUUAAUGUCCUUCUCCUUCCGUUGAGAUGAAGGUAUUUUGACC